GGGCUGGGGCGGGCGGAAGGAGCGCCAGGCCGGAAGGAGGCAGCGGGAGGGCGGGCGGCAGGAGUGGGCCCGGAGCUGCUGGGCCGGAGCGGCGGCGCCGCCAUGUCCGACAGCGAGAAGCUCAACCUGGACUCUAUCAUCGGGCGCCUGCUGGAAGUGCAGGGCUCGCGGCCUGGAAAGAAUGUACAGCUAACAGAAAACGAGAUCCGUGGUCUGUGCCUCAAAUCACGGGAGAUUUUCCUGAGCCAGCCCAUUCUUCUGGAGCUGGAGGCACCCCUCAAGAUCUGCGGUGACAUCCAUGGCCAGUACUACGACCUUUUGCGGCUCUUUGAGUACGGCGGCUUCCCUCCAGAGAGCAACUACCUCUUCCUGGGGGACUACGUGGACCGGGGCAAGCAGUCUUUGGAGACCAUCUGCCUGCUGCUGGCCUAUAAGAUCAAGUACCCAGAGAACUUCUUCCUGCUCCGUGGGAACCACGAGUGUGCCAGCAUCAACCGCAUCUAUGGCUUCUAUGAUGAGUGCAAGAGGCGCUACAACAUUAAACUGUGGAAAACCUUUACCGACUGCUUCAACUGCCUGCCCAUUGCUGCCAUUGUGGACGAGAAAAUCUUCUGCUGCCAUGGAGGCCUGUCCCCGGACCUGCAGUCCAUGGAGCAGAUUCGGCGUAUCAUGCGGCCGACAGACGUGCCUGACCAGGGCUUGCUAUGUGACCUGCUGUGGUCUGACCCUGACAAGGACGUGCAGGGCUGGGGGGAGAAUGACCGUGGUGUCUCCUUUACCUUUGGGGCUGAGGUAGUGGCCAAGUUCCUACACAAACACGACUUGGACCUCAUCUGCCGGGCACACCAGGUGGUGGAAGACGGCUAUGAGUUCUUUGCCAAGCGGCAGCUGGUGACACUCUUCUCAGCUCCCAACUACUGUGGCGAGUUUGACAACGCAGGCGCCAUGAUGAGUGUGGAUGAGACGCUCAUGUGCUCCUUCCAGAUCCUCAAGCCCGCUGACAAGAACAAGGGGAAAUACGGGCAGUUCAGCGGCCUGAACCCUGGAGGCCGGCCCAUCACCCCACCCCGCAACUCCGCCAAAGCCAAGAAAUAGCCUCCACGUGCCCGCACUCUGCCCCAGAUGGUGGAUUGUACAGAAAUUAUGUGGCCGUUGGGGGGUUCGUGCUGGCUCCCCCCAGGCCCACCUGUCACGGGGAGCACGGAGCCUUGGUAUAUUUUUCUUUUUCUUUUUUUUUAAUGAAUCGAUAGCAGCGUCCAGUCCCCCAGGGCUCCUUCCGCCUGCACCGGCGGUGGUGACAAGCAGGACCCUGGGGCUGAGGCUGCAGCUCAGGGCAAAGCAGGGCCAGAUGUGGGUUUCCAGCCUCACUUGGCCUCAGGGCCAGCAGACAGAUCCUGGGGCGACCCAUCUGGUCUCUUGAAUAAAGGUCAAAGCUGGAUUCUC